AUGCGGGGUGAGAAUGGAGGGGACUUCUAUCAAGGCUGUUUCUUUUGGGAGCUGAGCUCUUUCUUAUCCAUUACGGUUUCCACGCUUGAGCUCUGCCUUUUGCUACCAACUCAGGGCACAAAUGAGAUCGCCCCGAAGGUGGAGGACGCCUGCAGUGUGAGGAAAUUGGAACCCGGCACACUGGAGAAACUGGUGAACUACCUGGUGCCUGCCCAGCGCUGCGGAGACCCCUUCUUCGUGCCUGCAUUCCUGGCCACCUACAGGCGGUUCGCCACCACGGGGCAGGUGCUGGAUCUGCUGUUCCACAGGUACGAGUUCUUCCACCCCAACAGUGAGGACGACCAGCAGAACAAGAGUGCUCUGAGCUCCUUCCUGGAGACCUGGUUGCGGCAAUACCCAGGAGACUUUUGCCAGGGACCAGACCUGGCCUGUGUGAAGCAGCUCAUAACCUAUGCAUUAAUCAACCUUCCAAAUUCGGAAAUUAUCUCUGAAGUGUGCAGACUUCUGACCCAACGUGAAACCCACUAAGAGCUGUUCAUCUGGCUGCAGGACAGCUCAGGACACCACAACUUGCAGGGAUCCAGUUGUCUUAUUCCUAGUCCCUUGCCUACAAAACUCAUGUGUGUGUG